AUGCACCUUACUGGCAAGUCAUACUUAUAUAGUCAAAGGCCUUACCUGUCUUUUCGUCAAGAAAGGAUCUAUACAACUUCACUUAGAUUGUUCUAGAUCUAUGAUUGUCGAUGAUUGGUGAUUACUCGAAACUUCUAGUCGGUCUAUUGUUGAUCCUGAUUUACCUGUUGACCUGAUGAUCGAAACCGGGCCAUUUUUUGGGGGGAAAGAAGAAGGAACAGUCGGUCUAGCACAAUUUUUUGUGUAAUUGAUUGUUAACUAAACAUAUAAUCUUCUCGAUUAUCGAUAUUUGUGGGAAUAAAGUCUUUACAUACAUAUUAUGAUGGUACACUGCAGCACAUGUUUGUUUAGCAAAUAAUAAUUUGGAAUAGUUUUUGCACGUUGUCCUGUGGAUCCUGCUUGUCUCAUAUGCCAGAAACAUUGCUACUAGUAUUGUUUAUGAAAAACAAAACUAUAUUUUGUAACAUCAGAUGAAAAACUAUACAAGACGUAACUAUACACCAAGUAUUAAAAGACUGAAAAUUUAGCCAAUUUGAAUUUGAAUGGAUUUACUUAUAAUUUAUGUUGUUUAAUCACUCAAUCUAACUUUAACUUAAUCUUAGAACUAAGAGUUCUGAAGAAGCAUAAUUAAUAAAUCUGUUAUUUGAUAUCAUGGAUUUUGAUAAAUACAUUAAAGAAGACCCAGAAGGGGUUUACAAUCUACAUUUUUUAAACAAGGACAAGCUCACUGUAUAUGAGAUAAAGCAAAUAUUUUCAGUUUUUGGAAAUGUUUUAGGUGUAAAUGUUACUAAGGAUGAAACUGGAUUUAGAUUUGUUAAGUAUGGAACUUUAGAUGAAACAAUAGCUUGUAUAAAAGGUUUAGAAGAUAGUAGUAAGAUACAGUUACUGCUAGAAAGAAGUAAAAUGAAGGAUAGAAAGAUGAAUAGAAAAGAUUUCAAUGGUGAAAACUUGUCAAACAAUGGAGGAAACAGCACUCAUAAAAUUUUCAAUGAGAAUAGUGGAUCUAAUGACAUUUUAAAUAUUUCUCAAAAUAUUUCUCAAAAUUCUGUAUAUAAUCAUAAAUUGAUUUCAAAUGUAACUAAAGAAAAUUCAUCAGUAUUUGAUGAAAAAUCUUUGAGACAAACUUCCAAGGAGAAUAACUCUUCAGUUACAAUGGAUUAUGAAAAGUACUAUAGGACAACAAAAGGAGGUUUUAGUGUACAUUUUGCAAAUAAGAAAGGAUUAUGUCCAGAAUAUAUAAAAGAUACAUUUUCAUCUUAUGGCACUGUUGUAUCCAUAUAUGAAGGAGGAGGCGGUCCCAAUGGAUUGAAAAUCAUAAGUUAUAAAACAUUAGAUGAAGUAAUAAAUUGUUUAAAAGGUCUUCAAAAUGAUAGCCAGAUAUCGUUGUUACCACAAAAAGAUAAAUUGGGAAGCGAAGCAAAAGCAACUAAUCAAAACAGUUCGAAUCAAUGGCAGGCAGCAAAGAUGGAAGAUACUUCACAACAGAUGUUUAGUACUGAUGAACAAUUUGAUUCAAACUCUACUCAUGAGAAUAAUAAACAGGAAAAAUUAUCGGAAUAUAGAGGCAAACCAUUUUACAGUUCAAGAAAUUUUGAUUCAAAUAAAUUCCAAGGAAAUAAUUUUUUAGAUACUGCUCGCAAUUCAGGGCAUGACUAUAAAUAUAAUGUAGAUGAAAUUAAACAGAAUAAUGCGGGUUUUCAAACAUUUGAUGAAAUAUAUUCAUUUUCAGAACAACAAAAUCCCAUUAAUAAUGAAGAUUAUAAUCAAGUAAUGAGAAAAAAGCAAGAAGAUACUAAAUUAUAUUCUUUAAUGAAGACUGAGACAGAUAGCAAAAUCGAUAAAAAUAGGCGAUUCGGCAUACAUGAUCAGAAAAUGCCAAUGUUAGUUUCUAAUGCAGAAAUGAAGUCAAAAGAAUUUGAUGUGACACCCACAUUAAACAAGACUACAAAUUCAUCUAAAAUUGCGUACAUCCCAAUGCAAGAUAUAAUUGUUGCUAAUAUUCAUCAAAAUUAUGGCGUGCAUUACAUUUUACAUUUAUUUGAGAAAUUUAGUCCAGUUUCAGCAACGGUUGUUAAGACAAUUUCCAAAACUAAUAUACGAUAUUGUCACAUUUAUUUCAAAACUGUACAAGAUGCUGUAGCUGUUGAAGAAGAAUUUGAUAAUUUUGAUUUAUUUGGAAAAAACCUUAUUGUUUUACGAGAAUCACGUUUGAUAAAUGAAGCGUAUACAUAAUUUUGUCUUUUUCUUAUAUCGAAUUAUUGUAAGUUUCUCUUUUGCUAUUAAUAUUGUUAUCAAUAUUGUUAUAUAAUUAAGUUAUUUGAUUUAUAUUAAAAUACAGCAGAAGAUUUACGGGUUACCCCUGUGUUUUUGUCCAUUACUAAUGCCAACGUUUCAUGAAACUUUACCGUUUACUUCAUCAAGGCGAGGAGCGCACUGAUAUGUAUCUGAUGAAGUGAGUGGUAAGUUUCACGACAUUAGUAAUGAACAAAAAACAUAGAGAUAACUCGUAAACCCUCUUGUAUCUUCAAAGAUAACAGCCAUAAAAGCCUAAAAAGUAUUGUAUUAAAAUAAUUUUUGAUAUAUACAAUACAAUAGCACACAUAUAUCAGUAUAAUCUCGUAAAAGUUGAUAUAACAUUUUGGUAAUAAACUAAA